AUGAAGAAAAUAACAAUAUUUUACCAUGUAAAAGGUACGGCUCUGAACACCACUUGCCAGCCUCGUAAUCCUGCUCAGAGUCUCCCUCGCCGCCACCGUGUCCGGAUGAUCCUCUCCGCAUAUCGACGUCCUAAUAAAAAUCGCCUUCCUAAUAAGAUCGUCCCCGAUAUCAAAUUGGGCCCCCCUCGCCAUCAGCUUGGCCCGCACCUCCAAAACCCCAGCCCGGCCCAACGCCAGCUCCUGCCACAGGCACGGGUUGAGUUGGGCCUCCGUCCUCACGGGCCUCCAGCAAAGCGACCCGUCCAGCCACUUCUCACCCGGGCCCACAAACGCCUCGUCCGCCGCCUCCAGAGCCUCCGUGCACAGCCGCAGCACCUCCACCGCCGCCCCACACCGCGAAAAUGUCGCAAACGCCCUCACAGCCAGCGGCACAAUCACCUCUUUCACGAAAAAAAGCAAUUCCGGCACCCUCAGCUCGACCAACGCAGGGUCCUUCCCGAACCCGAGCACCAAAAAGCACGCGGCCCACAUAUGGUCCGGGUUAUGGUGUAUCGACCCACGGGCAAUCACAGCCCGAACCACGGGCCUCGCAGUCCCGGGCCCACCCCUGGCCCGAGCAUACAGCCUCAGAAGCCCAUUGGGCUGGACGAGCCCGAUGAUGCAACCCCACACGUCAUCGAACGCACUAUUUUUCUCCAUAGUCGGGCCCGUUUGGUCUUUUCGGGGAUUUUGUGGGCCGCUAGGGAUAGAAUCGGAAUCGGGACGGGCCCGGGCCCGAACCAUCCGCUCGCGAGAGCCAUUCUUGUCGCGAGGCUGCUCCCGCGCCCGUCCGCGUGGUCGAAAAUCGAGAAGCAAACCUCGAAAAGCUGCAAAAGGAAUGUGUUUCGUCUAAGCCAAUUAUUUUCUCGACCGCUCCACGCCGUUAUCUCGAUCGAGGCCGACGGCAUUCGAUUCAACAUGUCCAAUAGACGGCUCGGAUUAAUCGGGAGCUCGGAAAGAAUCGACCCGACUAUAGCAAGUCCAAGGGUUAGCCGCCCGAGUUUUUCUUCGAUAACGCGUAAAGCGUCGAUUUCCGUGAUCGAUUGGUCUCGUAUUAUACCUCCUCCUUGCAUUAAUGACAUCGCCUCGACUCCCGAGAGGAAAGAG